AUGCCUGCUCCCGAGAUCAGACGCCAAGAGUCUGAUCGGGUCUUAGUGGACGCGAUCCGGCUCAGGAAAAAAUCUGCUAAGAACGUCGUGUAUGGGAAACGAGCGCAGAGCCUUCCUGUACUCAUCGAUCGUGCUGAGAGCUUUGCUUCGCUGUCCUCGAUGUCACAGAGUGACCACAAUCCUUUCAGUAGCAGGUGCUCGUCAUUCCUAGUUGUUGACGAUUAUUCGGAUGCUCCCAUCUCGGAGAGCGUAGGUGUGGACUACAUCCAUUUCUACAUCACCAACUCUCCUUGCUUCAAUCUCUUCUGCAUCCUGUUCGACGACAAGCUCCGCCCGCUGGAGAUUGUCUCUCAUCAGCACAGGAGAGCGACGAGCUCAAAGAUCAUCUACAGAACGAGGACACCCGAGGCGCCGCCGAGGAUAUGCAUGAACGUGGAAGCCAUCUCCACUUUCGUCACCCACAUCGUCUUCUUCCUCAAGUCCAACGAGAGGCUGCCACAGCAGCAGGAGACCUCCGUGUCGCUGCACGUCAUGAAGUCGGAUCUGCAAGAGAUGAUCUGCUCCUAUGACGUGAACAUGCUGUCGGGCGAGCAAGGAGCCGUUGGGGACGCGGUGGUGUGCUCCCUCUAUCGCAACGACAAAAACGGCUGGGGGCUGAGGAGCGUCUGUAAGACGGUGAACAGGACAGUCUUCAGGACGCAGGCGCUUGUGGAGACCGUGCAAGAAUGGAUGCUGGAGAAGAAACUCUUCCGUCCGUUCCAAGUGCAUGUGGAGUACUGCACUGCUGCUAGGCCUUCCUUCUCCCUCUCUGGAUCCUCCAAGACUUUCGAGAAGAUUUUCUGCCAGGUGAAGGAGCUGCUGGAAGAGCGAAGUCGACUGGUGAGGGUGUACGGGAACGAGGAGAAGAGGGAGAGGAGGAAGCCGAGGAUAGGAAGCUUCGAGGUGGAGCUGUCAGGAUUCCCUGGGGAGGGUGGAGGAAGGAAGAAGCUGUUUUCCAAGUUGGAGGAAGAACAUUUCCCGGAUCCUGCGGAGGUUGUGCGGAGGUUUGAAGGAGCGCUGAAACAGAUGCUCCUACCUGCCAUCUCAACUUUCAUCCGCGCAGCUCGAGAUGUGCAGUUCGAGGUGAUAGAUCAAACUACAAAUCAGCGAGUCCACAAGGUCACCGCCGAUUUCUACAUCGUCAAGGGAGGCGUCGAGCAUCAGGGCAGAGAGAAGGAGGGAGGAGGCGAGGAGGAGGGCGAGGAGGAGGGCGAGGAGGAGGGAAGCUAUCAGGGGAGGGAAGGAGGGGCUGGUGCAAGUCGCUCCUUCCUUGGGUCGUACGACUUCAUUUCGGAUGAUCUUGUCCUCCUUGUCGACUCGAGGUACCGGGUGAAGUUUUCAUGUGAAGGAUAUCAGGAUAAUGAACAAGUGGUUGACAUCCCAGAAGACCUCAGCGAUGGUCAGGUGAUCACCGUCUUUCUGAUCCCUCAGCGAGUAGUCGUGCAAGGACGGAUAGUCGUCCGAGAGUCUUCCUCCUCCUCCCCUCGCCGCGCGCUUCCUCUCCGCAACGUCAUCGUUGAGCUUCGCAGCGGCAGCGACGUCUGGGCGGUCGCACCCAACGAGCAGGACGGCUCCUUCCAGCUCCCCGUCCCCCGCGGCUCCUUCAUCCUCUCCAUCCGCUCCAAGGAGUAUGUCAGCAGCUCCCCGGAGCUGCGGGAGGGGAAGAGGCUGGAGCUGCGAGGGGACGCAGACGUUGGCGACUUGCUCCUGCGCUGGUCGCCCCAUCGCGCUCGCACGCUGCUGACCAUGGAGAGGCAGGAGAGCGAUGGAGCUCAGCUGGAGUUUCUCCUCAGCUCUCGCCCUCCCUUCUAUCGGCUGAGGCUCAAGGAGGAGGAAGAGAAGAUGUUCCGCCGCCUGUGCUCGAGACUCUCUUCCAUGCGCUCACACCUCCUCUCCUCGGGACCUCGGGGCAAGGAGGAUGAGGAGGAGGAAGCGAUGGAGGAGGAGGAGGAGGAGCGAUGGAAGAGAAGGCUAGAGGGGGAGGCAGAGACUGACUCUGCUCCCCGCCCCUCAGAGAUUCUUCGAUCUCUUGCUUGCAACCUGCUCUUUGAGCAAGAGAUAGUCUGCCCGUACACUUCAACCCUCCAGGUGUUUCGUGGAACCACAUCCCGCGGUCCCACCUUCUUCAUCCUCAUCCUCUUCCGCUCCUCCUUCAACUGCGCCUGCGACCUUCAAUCCUCCCACCUGCUCGACUUUCACCUGGACGUCUCCCCGCAAGACUCCAGCACACAGAGUCUCCUCCUCCUCCCCCUCCGCCUCCCCCACGCUCUCUUUUGCUCGUUCACCCCCAGCAAGGAAGCCAGCUACGUCAUCACUGCCAAACUCCGCGGGCAGAACCUCAGGCCUGGAGGUCAGUCGGAGGACGCAAUCUACUUGUGGGACUCUCCUCCUCGGUUUUUUCCCUCCCCUCCUCCUCCAGCCAGCAGGCGACUUGAGAUGGAAGUUGGUAUCCUCCUCCAUUCUACCCACCAGCUCUGGAGAGACGGCAGCCUCCUCCCCCUCUUCCUCCGACGCCUCUCAGACCGUGUGUCCUCUGUUUCCCUGUGCUGGUUCCUCCUGCUCCUGGAGGGUGGUGCAGUACAAGAGCUGCGCAUGCCAGACGGGACGGUCGUGCCGGUAACUGCAUGCGAAGACGUGGGGGAGGCUCUCGUGCUCCUGAACAAGAGGGACUGGAAGCGCGGCUCCUGCCGUCUAGUCUUCUAUCUGAAGAGCUUUCCUGGGGGAGCGGAAGGGGACGAGGAGCCUUCGGGGAGGAAGGAGGAGGAGGAGGGAGGAGAGGAGGAGAUUCUCAACCCCAUCACCUCCCAGCUUGUGUUGCAACUUCGACUCAUGAACGUCUCGCUCCACGUGCUCGGGGGGAGCGCGAGGAAGGACAUCAGCGAGUGGCUGAGCAGCUGGACUGGAGGGUCUUUGUCCUUGGUGUCAGCUGGAGACCUUGAGCAGAAGGCGCGUCAACCCCCUCAGCUCGGCUGCAGCUAA